AUGACUGAACAAAGUAUAACGUUCGAUGUCGCGGAAUCAUUAUUUGAAGAUAUGAUAAGUAUAAUCAUUCGACAACAGACCUUACAAGCCUUAACCAAUCAUAUCUCCCGAACACAACAAACAUCAUCGAUACCUACAGCUCAAACCUACACCAAGGAAUUCAAUCAAAGAGAUCCUAAUAAAGAUAUUUUUGGUCAAGAUAAAAUCAAAUUAAAAACUAGUGAAACAUCACGAUAUUUCCCUUGUGAAAAUUGUGGAAGGAAAAUUGCUGGUAGUAGAUAUGCUCAACAUAUAAAUAAGUGUCUUGAUAGGAAACGGAAAUGGUAA